GGACUGAGUUGUGCCACGAGGUGUGACAGGAAUAGUGACGCUGUGCUGAAUCCUUUAUAUGCCAGGCAGAGACACUCUAUCAAUGAAGUGGUAAAUGGUGGGAACAUUGUCGCAAUAAAGACAAAGAAAAUAAGGAAGAAAUGACUUUUUAGAAGCCUUUGUUUUGUUUUUACUGGGGUUCCUUUCUUCGUCUAAAAACCGACAUAAAGUAGUUCCUUCUACAGGCCCGAGAUCAAGACAUCAUCAUGAAGUUCAUCAUAGGUAUUGGCGGGUAAGUCAUAUCUAACGAAUAUUCAUAUUAAAAACAAGUUGACUAUUUUACUAUUCGUUAUGACGGUAAGAACAUAAUUCGAUGUGUCUAACAUUGAUAGUACCAAACAUGUGUUUCUGUAGAAUGAACUUAAUGGUCCACAGAAGAUCAAGUGGACCCAAGAUAAGUUAUAGAAAAUGAUAUUCAUUGUGUUUUUCAUUAUUCUGUCUAGCGUGACCAACGGUGGGAAAACCACUCUGACCAAUAAAUUGAUCCAGACGUUGCCCAACUGUUGUGUGAUACAUCAGGACGACUUUUUUAAGGUAAGACGCUUCAUCACAUGUAUGUCUCUCAGCCUCAGAGUGCGUGCUGUUGAGCAACCGCUUUGAUUUGACUCAUAUCAUUAUUUUAAAGUCAUAACAUCGUGUUUACUUAUUUUACUAUCGGUUUUUGUGUGAUCUAAAACUAACAGAUUGUAUAGCCAACAGUAGCCUAUUUCAUUGGAGUUACAAAUAAAGCAAAUCUGGCCUAGGACUCUUAAUAACGUGGGCCACCUACUGGUGACACGUCAGUAAAGGAUACACAGGCAUAGAUAGAGCUACAGUAAUGCCACCUGCAGAUAUAAUGUGCUUAACUACUAAUACAUUUGGCUCAUUGUCUCCUGAACAACCAAUGAAAUUGUUGAAAUGUUCACGUUCGUUUGAAGUCAAACGUUGCGUUCACCUUUCAUGUGGUGCAACAAUCUUUUUUACUGCAUGACAGUUGUCAAUGUUCAUUUUGGCUUUGAACAUUUUUGAUUCACCCAUAACGAUCCAUAUACUCUGUGCUGUCAAUGUCAACAACUUAUUGCAAACUAAGGAUCAUAAAAAAUAAAAAAUAAAGGGUUUAUUUUUAUUUAAACGUCAGUGGCUGAAUAUCACUGACUUUCAACGGCUGACACCAUGUACCCUCUCCAGUACGACGGCAGUGCCCUGCCCACAUGUUGAGCAGUUAGGCCAUGUGCCAGCAGCGUGGUUGGGGUCAAUUCUAUUUAAAUUCAGUCAAUUCAGGAAUUGGAGUUGGAUUUCGGAAUUUAGAAUUGGAAAUGGAUUUGGAAUUUCAAUUUACUUCCUGAUCCCCAUCCCUGGCCCGUCUACGGCAUUAUUUACGGUACACUGAGGGUGCAGGUUAGCCUUUAGCUGGCAUCGUUAGCUCAGCUCAUGUCCAGGUGUGAUCAGCACUGACUGGUUACUCUUCUGUCAUCACCUUGAGGUUGCAGCAAUGUUUUCUUGGUGACUGUUAUUUCAGAAACCCGAUCAGAUAGAAGUUGGGGAGGACGGCUUUAGGCAGUGGGAUGGUAAGAGUUGGAUUCGCUGUAGGAAUGAAAACAGACACUACGAGUAAUGUACUCUUUCCCUUUAAUUGACAUCUUCAAAAGUUUCCUCUGAUACUCUUGUAAUAGACAACAAUUUACCUACAAUUUUUAAAAUCUUUUUUUUUUUUUAAACAAUAAUUCUGUGAACGCUACGCCAUUUACUAGACCUGACUGUUGUGUUUUUUGAAGCACAUUGGCUGCUGUGCUGUUUUAGUUCCCUGGUGGUGAAGCGUAUCGUUCCGUCUAUUUCCUGUUCUCCUAGUGAUCACAUCCUUGGAUAUGGAGGCCAUGGUUAACACUGUAGAGGGAUGGCAAGAGAACCCAGUGAAGUUCGCCCGCUCCCACGGCGUCAGCGUCACACCUGAAGCACAGGACUCAGACCCUGAUAACGGUGUCCACAUCCUCAUCGUGGAAGGGUUUCUGCUCUAUAACUACAAGUAUGUUGUUUUACGAAAAACAUUUAUCAGACACUCCUGUCCGGAGACAACAACAUUUAGCCUGAGUUAGUCUGUAGUUAGACUCUCUCUCUCUCUCUCUCUCUGUCUCAGUGUCUCUCUCUGUCUCAGUGUCUCUCUCUCUCUCUCUGUCUCAGUGUCUCUCUCUGUCUCUCUGUCUCAGUGUCUCUCUCUCUCUCUCUCUCUCUCUCUCUCUCUCUCUCUCUCUCUCUCUCUCUCUCUCUCUCUCUCUCUCUCUCUCUCUCUCUCUCUCUCUGUCUCAGUGUCUCUCUCUCUCUGUCUCAGUGUCUCUCUCUCUCUCUCUGUCUCAGUGUCUCUCUCUCUCUCUCUCUGUCUCUCUCUCUCUCUCUCUCUCUCUUCCUUUCGAGGACAAUAAUGUUAAUCUUAUCUUAUCAAACUAUAUACUAUACUUUAUCAACUAGAGUUAACUAGAGUUUUUCACAAGCUUUUCUUGGAACUCACGUCUUGUUCUGAAAAACAGUUUGUUUGUUUCCCACAGGCCUAUUGUUGAUGUCUACGACAAGUGCUUCUACAUUGUCAUUCCAAAAGAGGAGUGCAAGAGCAGGAGAAGUACAAGGAACUACACAGUCCCUGACCCCCCUGGUCUGUUCGAAGGCCAUGUCUGGCCCAUGUACCUGAAACACAGGAAAGAGAUGGAAAACAACUACCAUGGUAUAGGUAUGUACUGGACACUGCUGCAGAGUUCAUAUAAUGUUUGUUAUUAUUAUCAAUUAUUAUAAUAUAUUAUAAUAUAUGUGUGUAUUUAACUUUUCCACUAUUUUCACUGUGGUUUAUAAAGACUAAAUUUUUUUGGCAUUUUGCCCCCUCAGAGUACCUUGAUGGCUUGAAACCUAAAGAGGAGAUCUACCGCCAGGUGUAUGAAAACAUACAAAACACCCUGCUCAACAACUUAUAGGUAAAUAUCUCCAUACAAAACACCCUCCUCAACAACUUAUAGGUAAAUAUCUCCAUACAAAACACCCUGCUCAACAACUUAUAGGUAAAUAAAUAAAUAUAUUGGAUCACUUACGUGUACACAUAAUUCGCCAUUAAUUUAUCGCAUGCUAAUAAUUGUUACAUCUCUCUCUUCCACAGCAGGACCAGGGAGUCUGAAGACUUGUGUAUAAACUUGUAAAUAAUAAUAUUGUGCAACAUUAUUACCAUACUACUGCCUGAAGUUAAUAUUGAUCUGUAAAUAGUUUAAGGCCUAACUUAUUUCAAAACUGAACGGCAGAAGCAUUGAAUUUUGUAUAAUCAAAAUGUAACCUUUUCUAAGAAGAUUUACCAACUGGACUGCCCAGUGUUGAAACACAUGAAGAACAGGUCUAUGUGCUUGCCCAACUGGACUGCCCAGUGUUGAAACACAUGAAGAACAGGUCUAUGUGCUUGCCGUGUAUUCAUGGUCAAAAAUCAUCCCACACUGGGAGGAAGGAUUGUGUCUACAACGUAAAGAGACAUAUUAAUCCAACUACUGUGUUCUGUGGUUAUUCUCAAUCCAAUGAACUUCAA